CAGAGUUAUUGAAGUCCCCGUAAGAGAAGCAUCAGGACAACUAAAGGUGGUUCAGGAAAAAGUGAAUGACCCUUGGCAUCUUCUCCUUCUGUGUCCAUCCUUGAGCACAGAUGAGUGUUGUGCGUGAAGGAGAUUUAAGUGGAAAAGUCGAUGCACAGAGACAGUCCCACUCUCUGGGCAUUGGAAGCCUGGGUCCAGUGGCACGAAAAGUCAUUACACCUGGAGACUUCCUCAGCUGCAUUGGAUGGCCAUGUUGUCCUUUGUGCUCCAACACGCCCUAAACACUCCACAGUGCUUUGCUGCAUCACCAUCUCAGUCAUUGAACCUUUGUAUUGGUUUCUUCCAUCUGUUCGGCCAAAGCAGUCUUCACAUGCUGGGUGAGCAAAGCCCUGGUUCACCGGGGGUGGAGGACGACCUGAUGCUAUCCUCACAAGGUUUAGCCGGCCUAUCGAAGCCAUUGCCUGGGGUGUGGCCACCGCCACAUGCUAUCAGCUACUAGGAGCCACAAGUGAGAGCAGGGUGUCAGGAGGGAGACGUUGUGAUUGGAGUUGGUGGGCACACGGGGAGUUACCAACAGCAGUUGUGAGUCUCUGCAGAAGCUGCAGGCAAAGGGAGGUCGGUAAUACUUCAGGUGCCAUUCUCCUCUGCAAUCAAGAGAAGAACCUGGAUAUCGGCUUUGAAAAUUCUUCAGAGCGCUCUCGGAAGAAAGGAACGAAUCUCCUCUUUUGAGGUUGGGAAAGGCAGUGACGCGGUUCCACCCAUAGAAGCUGCGGGUGACUGGAGCAUAAGUUGUCUCCACCUCACCACUCUUCCUCAGCCUUCAACUAGGGAUCGCCUUCCGAGGCAAAGCGCGGUUCCUAUUCAGGAGCUACCGGAAUGAAUAGGCUCGAACCAAACUUCUUUGGGCCCUGGAGGACAGCCCGGACCUCUUAAAUACACCAACUUUAUUAUGGAUACCACCUACUUUACCUCCUCCGCUAACGGAGAGAACACUACCCUGCAGGCAAUGGCCAGCAACCACAGUUUGGGAGAGCUCAGCUGGGAGGAGCUGGAAAAACUACUCUUCUUUUUCGCCAAAGAGCCGGUGGCCAUCAGCCUCACAGCACUCUACCUGCUCUCCUUUUCCGUGGGGCUAGCUGGCAACACCGCGUCCCUGUGGGUGCUGUUGGCAGGGGAGAGGCGCAGGGCAGGACGCUCCGGGACAGCUCGGGAAGGCCCCAGUCCCACUCGCCGCCUGUUGGCCAACCUGGCGGUGUGUGACCUCUUGGUGGUGUGCAUCUGCAUGCCCUUGACGGUGGGCAAUGUGCUCUACAAGGCCUGGGUUUUCGGGGACUUCCUGUGUCGUGCCGCGCCUUUCGUGCAAGCGCUAACUGUGGCCGCGAGUGCCCUGAGCCUCACAGCCAUCAGUCUGCACAGAUACUAUGGCGUCCGGCGGCCUCUGCGAGCCCGGGCUUCCUGUACCCGCGGUCGUGCACUCGCCACCAUCCUCUCUGUCUGGGCAGUGUCGGCUGCUAUCUGUCUGCCUUUGGCUUUUGCCAACCGGAGAGAUGAAAUCGAGUUGGUGGAGGGGCUGCCGCUGGCCUUCCCCAUUUGCCGUGAGGUGUGGCCUGGGGCACGUCUGAAGCAAGCCUAUAGUUGUCUUCUCUUCGGAUUGCUCUACUGCUUGCCGGUGUUGUUCAACCUGGCCUUGGGCUGGCUGACAGUGAAGAGACUCCAGGAUCCACCAGGACCCUGGGCUCGAGGAUCCCAGGAGGGUGAAGGGCCCUGGCCAAUGCUGCCAGCCCUCCCUGCUUCCAGGCUGAAGGUGAGGCAGCGUGUGGCUCACAUGGUAAUGGCUCUGGUCGCCUUGUUUGCUGUCACCUGGCUGCCAAUCUACCUGUUGGAUAUCUGGAUCGACUUCCAUACACCGGACUGGUCCCACGGGAAGCCUACCACAGCCUGGGUUCUGCAGCUGAGGCCUUUUGCCCAGUGGCUGGGCCUCACCAACUCCAGCCUCAACCCACUCUGUUAUUGCUUCGUGGGCAGCCUGGCCCGCACCGCCCGCCAGGUGAGACGCCGCUAUCGCCAGAGGCUCAGCUCCCUGUUCAGACCCUCCAUCACUGAGGGAACUCCCUUGAGGGAAGGGGGCACUGAGACGGAAGGCAGAGAUGAGGGGGUUUCUGUGCAGGAGGCUUCUAGCAAAAGCAAGGAGAAAGUUCCCUUUGGCCAUUUCCCACCUCUGAGCAAGCCCUUGGACUAGAGGACCCAGUGAAGCUCCAGACCUCGGAGAGUUCUCUGCAGGGAAAGGAACUGGAGGAGAGAUGCUCUCAAAGUCGUGGAAUCUCCAUGACCUCCUAUUUGUCUACUGCUUUCUCUCCUUCGGCCAUUCUUUCCCUCUGGUAAAUUUAGUCUGUGUCUAGGUUCAUACUUGUCUUCUCCUUAACUAGCCAGAGCUUCAAGGGAGUGUGGCAUGUGGUUGAAGGUGAGGCUUGAUGGGUCCUGGGAUUGAGAAAGCAUGGGAGACACCUGUAGAAUAUUUCUACUUUGUAUAAAGUGGGGCUUUUUCCCAUCCUCUCCAUGUUGGCCCCACCUCUAGCUUGGUUGGGACCUCUGAUACCAAGACAUUCAGACAGUUUGAAAAGGGAAAGUGGGACACUGGGUUUGACAGAUGCUUCAUGGGUUCUCUCUCUUGUAGAAGACGGUUCUGAAGUCCUAGUCUGCCUCUAGAGGGUUUGGGAAACCUGGAAGGGAGUAAAUGACCCCUCUAAUCCGCCCACCAAACUAUUUGGAGCCCUAAUAAGAUCCUAGAACAAUGGUGCAGUCAUUAAUAAAAGAUCCUUUGUGACUCUUCUCUGCUCAAGUACUGAACUUAUGGGGAGAAAGGCUGAUAACCCUCCAGAGCAGCACAGGAGUGAUCACUUCUCUGCUCCAGGAAUUGGGGUGGGGGAUGUUGGUAGGAGGGUACAGUGAAAGAAGCCUUGGUCUCAAAUUCAGAAGAAAAGGUGUCAAGCCCCCACACAUCCAUUUACUAGCUUGUGACUAUCAACAAAUCACUUCCCUGAUCUCAGUUUUCACAUUUGUAAAAACUGGAAUGCCUACCCCAUAGAUUAUUGGAGGGAGAAUGCAUUGUAAAACCUUAAAGCUCUACAGAACAUAAGUUACUAUUAUGAAGAGCAAAAUCCAAGGGACUAGUAGUUCCUUAUAAACUCUUUGAGAGGGGCAAAUU